CGCAUUAAAAGUAUUUUAGUGCGUUUGCCAGCUUGCCGUUUUCCUACAAACUAAGAAUCAACUCAUCCCGGGCGGGAGUUUAAAGUACUAUUUUUAACAACAGACAAUGUUGAUAUCUCCGAACGUAAAAUAAUUUGAAAACAAACAAAAUUAAUAAAUAUUUAUUACAUUAUGCAGCAAAGUUAUACGCGUGUGUGUGAAUACUUGUAAGGGACAAGUAACCGGAUUACGUUAGUUUCAUUAACAUUUUUCAUUGCAUCACUUUCACACGGUCUUGCUGACGCUGUUAAAGAAUAUACGAAAUAUUCACUAAUAAAAAAAUAAUUCACAAAAAGCCAUUAGCAAACUAAUUAUUAACAAAACAAUAUGUGCGACGAUGUUGUAGAAUUUGACGAGUUCAUCAAAUAUGAACUGACUAAGGAUUGCGACUCUGUGGAAGAAGAGACCUUUAUAUACGAAGUAGAAGACGAGGUGGAGGUGGAGCAGCUAGAAGAUGUGACGAUAAAGCCAGAAUCUAUUAUAAUGGAGGUUAUCGAGGAGGACGACACUGAGCAGGGUUAUGAGGUGACUGAGGGGCUAGUGGAAAUUGCGCCUGAGUCGCUGCCCGCCGAUGUAGAAUACAUUAAAGAAGAAGAAAUUGAACAAAAGCCAGAGGUGGAGCGUUCGCCGAAUGAUGUACCUAAAGGCCCAAAACGAUACCUGCUCUUUGACGAACUUGUUGCCAACAUUGUCGACUAUGAUCUUGAUGAUACUCCUAUUGUCGAAUUCUCCUUGUCGAACCCUGAUACAGACGAGAAACUACCUGUCGAAUGUGGCAUUUGCCCCGAUGUAAUGCACAAAGCAAAACUCGCUGCCCAUCUCAAAACACACCUUGUACCCGGAACAAAUCGCUAUGCCUGUAUUUACUGUGACAAAUCAUACAAAGAUCAUAGUUACUUGGCUGGACAUUCACGCCGACACAUGGGCAUUCGGCCAUAUGUGUGCGAACCAUGUAAGCUGUACUUCUCAACAAAGCAAGACCUGCGUGUACAUAAUCAACGACGCCACCAAGAAAAAGAACAUAUUUGUGAGAUCUGUGGCAAAACAUUUUCACAAAAUACAAUGUUGAAGCGACAUCGCGAGUCCACACAUGAAAAGAUGAGGCGUUUCCAAUGCGACCACUGUCCCAAAGCAUACUACAAGAAUUUUUCACUACAGGAACAUGUUCGGAAUGUACAUAUGGGCAAUAGACGAAUGCUGGUGUGUCCUUUUUGUGGAAUGCAAUGUCGAGACGCCCACAAGAUGGCUCGGCAUCGCAAGCUGCUCCAUCUCAACCAAAAAUACUUCCAUUGUGAAAUUUGUCAAGAAGAAUUCACAGAUAUAAGCUACUUUGAUGCGCAUAAACGUUCCAUACAGUGUCGAAAUAACACGCAACGAAAGUUAGAAGAGGAGCAACUGUUACAAAACCACGCAGAGGAGGAACAAAUACUACUGCAGCAACAGGAGGAGGAAGAUCAUCCUGUCGAGGAGGUGGAGCAAAAGCAAGAACUGCAUUUUGUAGCACAACAACAAGAUGAAUUACAGCUACAAUCACAAACAGACGAGCUUUGUUAUGAAAUUACAGUAGUGAAUAGCGAUAAUUAAACACAAACUUUAAACUGAAAACAGAAAACUAAUAUAUGGUAAUAAUAGCCUUCAACUCCGCAACUUGCGUACUAUAUGAUAGAUGUAUAGAAAAGUAAUAUGCGUUUAAUAAAUUGAUAUUUUCACAAUGUUUCCAUUGAUUAAUAAAGAAUAACUAAUUUAAACAAUAGCAAAUAUAAAAAAAGAUUUUCAUUAUAAGUUGGAACAAGAAAUU